AUGGCGACUCCGGGAAUCAAAAACGACGACCAUCCGGAGUAUCAUCGCCACUUUGCCCCGGAGGAAAUGCGAGUGACAGACAACAUUCGUCCGCGUCCUGCGUUUCCGUUUCUCCGUCGAGCAAACAGAUUGCCUGCAAGUGAAAUGUCGUCGAACGUCGAUGAAACCUGUCGCUCGGAUGAGUUCACCUGUGCCAAUGGAAGGUGCAUACAGAAACGUUGGCAGUGCGAUCGGGAUGACGAUUGCGGGGACAACAGCGAUGAGAAGAACUGCCAAGCUACGACCUGCGAUCCGCUAAAGCAGUUUGCCUGCUCGGAAAACUACUGUAUCACGUCGAAGUGGCGCUGCGAUGGCGAGCCCGAUUGUCCGGAUGCUUCCGAUGAGAGAGGCUGCACAAAUCCCACACCUCCACCGGUCAACCCGUGUCUGUCCUUAGAGUAUCAAUGUAACGAUCGGAUCACCUGCAUUCACAAGAGCUGGAUCUGCGAUGGGGAGAAAGAUUGUCCCCAAGGUGACGAUGAGAUGCCUCCGAUCUGUCAGAAUGUAACCUGCCGAGCGGAUCAGUUCCAGUGCAAGAAGGAUCGUACCUGUAUCAAUGGGCACUUCCACUGCAACGGGAAGCCCGACUGUCAGGACGGAAGUGAUGAGUUGGAUUGUGCGGAACGCCCGGCGGCCAAGUGCAAUCCGAAGACGGAGUUCGAUUGCGGUGGUGGAAUGUGUAUUCCACUGUCGAAGGUUUGUGACAAGAAGGCUGAUUGUCCCGAGUUCCAGGAUGAGCCUGUUGACAAAUGUGGCAAGAAUGAGUGUCUGGAGAAGAACGGCGGAUGUUCUCAUACAUGCGUGGAUACGCCCGCUGGAUAUUACUGCGACUGUAGGCCUGGAUACAAACUGGUCGAUAAUCGGACCUGCGAGGACAUCAACGAGUGCGAGGAGGACGGGUCCUGUUCGCAAAAGUGCACCAACGAGAUUGGAACGUUCAAGUGCGAAUGUAUGGCCGGCUACCUUCGGGACCCCCGGGAUCACACCAAGUGCAAGGCAACGGAAGGACACGCUUCAUUGCUGUUCGCCCGCCGUCACGACAUCCGCAAGAUUUCACUGGACCACCGCGAGAUGACUUCGAUCGUUAAUGACACCAAAUCGGCGACGGCUUUGGACUUUGUGUUCCGCACCGGGAUGAUCUACUGGAGCGACGUUUCCGAGCAGCGGAUUUACAAAGCACCGAUCGAUGAAGGUUCCGAUAAGACAGUCGUUGUAAAGGAUCAAACAGUAACCUCGGAUGGUUUGGCCGUGGAUUGGAUCUACAAUCACAUUUACUUCACUGACAUAAAGAAAUCUACCAUUGAGCUGACCAACUUCGACGGUAACAUGGGAAAGAUACUGAUCAAGGAUGAUCUGGAGAUUCCACGAGCGAUUGCCCUGGAUCCCGUUGAUGGAUGGAUGUACUGGACCGAUUGGGGAACUUCUCCUCGUAUCGAACGAGCUGGUAUGGAUGGAACUCAUCGGCAGGUGAUCGUCAACUACGAAGUCAAAUGGCCAAAUGGACUGACGCUGGAUUUGGUUCGGAAACGCGUAUACUGGGUUGAUGCCAAACUGAACACGAUCGCAUCCUGCAACUACGAUGGUUCCAAGCGAUCGGUUGUCCUAUACUCGGCCGAUUAUCUGAGACAUCCCUUCUCGAUCACCACCUUCGAGGAUUACGUCUACUGGACCGAUUGGGACAAGGAAGCCGUCUUUAAGGCUAACAAAUUCAACGGCAAGGACUUGGAACCUGUGACGGCACAACAUAUGCUUCAACAUCCGAUGACAAUCCACGUGUAUCAUCCGUACCGUCAACCGGACGGUAUCAAUCACUGUCAGGCCGUAAAUGGGCACUGUUCUCAUCUCUGCCUUCCGGCACCACAGAUUAACAGCAGAAGUCCGAAGAUUUCCUGCGCCUGUCCAACCGGGCUCAAGCUGAUGGACGACGGCCUAAUGUGUGUGGAAGACGUAAGUGCAACCACUAAGGCUUCGGUGCCGACGCAUGCCACCUCGGCCCCAGCAUCCCCCGGGGAGAACAAACAGAUCGAACAUCAUCCGGGCAACCGGUACGAGGAGGACAAGGAAAUCAUUUCCAAACAUCCGACGGGUAAACCAUCAUCGCCCAGUGAGAAGACAUCAUUCACAGCAUCCGACGAUGACGGCUCUAAAUAUGACGAAAAGGAAGCAGACGAAGAUGAGUUCAAGUCCACUAGUCCGGAUCAGGAACCAUCCUAUGCUAACAGUCUGCACCUGGCCGCAAUAUGCACCAAUCUGACGAGCCAGGAGGCCGUAAUGAAGACCCUCCAGUCAAUCCGGACCGUGAAUAAAACGGUUCUGAUUCGGUCCUACAUGAACCGGCACCAUCACCGGAGGCCACCAUCGACGACGACGACGACGACGACGACAACUGAUUCUGGGGCGGAGGAUUCAUUCGGUCGAUUGGGUGGAACAGCUAGCCCCAAAUCGGAUGACCCGGACGGCCUCCCGACUAUAGCCCCAUUGAUGAUUUUUCUCGGGGACAAUGACUGGGACCAGGACCAGACUUCGACUUCGACCAGCAGUAGCACUACAACAACUCCGACUCCUGACAAACAGAAGAACGACACGACGACAAGUGAAUUCGAACCGUGGACCCAGUAUCGCUACUGGGAGUUCCGGAAACGGUUCAAUCUACUGGAGGUCCUGUUCGAGGGCCAGUUUGACGACGUGGGUGGACCGGACGGUGGCCGGCGACGUAUUUACGAUAGCGAACUGCAAGCUUCUUGGGAAUACGUUCGCUGGAUCUGCGGGAAGUACAACGGUCUGUGCCCUGGAUGA